AUGCAAACUUUCCACGUUCCUCUGGAGGAAAUAUUAGCCAAAUAUAACUGGAUACUCACUUUCACUCAUCCACCUGAUGUCGCAUCUCUUCUACGCAUAAACGAGGCGCCAUCACCCAUACUAUCUGCUCGGCUGAAGACAUCUCUGGCCGAUCUGACGACAUCACUCGCAGAUCUACAGAGUGACCUUGAUCUUCUUCGUAAUGCUGUUGUGUCGCUGGAAACUCGGAUGUCACGCCUCCAGUCAAUCAAACAAGACUACAAGAAAGCAUUGUCUCCAAUACGUCGCAUCCCCUCGGAGGUUCUGGCGGAGAUUUUAUGUCGCUCGUGGUCCUGGAAAGACAAUAUGUCAAUCAUGAAAAGACAUCAUCGUCACGCAUUGGACGUUUUCACAACCCCGGACGGGCCGUGGUUUCUUGGUCAACUAUGGGCCACCCUGAACGUGGACAUCCCGGCCUCCCACAAAAAGGUUAUGAAGGCUGACGCGAUGGAUAUACUCCAUGUCAUCCUUGAACGUUCCCGUAACCAUCCUCUCAAAUUUCAGCUCUAUUACUAUGACCUCAAGGUGGAAGGGGCCAACUUGAAAGCAAUAGAGCGAUGUUUCGAUCUCCUGAUCUCCCAUUCGACACGAUGGAGAGACGUCAGAAUGACGAUCCCGCCAUCCCUUCUUCCACGACUCUCUCCCAUCCGUGGAAAGAUUGAUUUACUUAGAGAGAUAUACUUCAUUUGCCAUCGCGACCCGCAGCCCAAGGACUCAGACAUCCGGGCCUUGGAGAUUGCCCCCAAACUGGAACACCUGCAUAUGUAUGGCAUGCACCCUGGCAUUAGUAUUCACUUCUCACCUACCAAUCUCGUAUCCUUCUCCGACGCAAGGCCAUUCGCCGGAGACCAAUUGACUCCCAAAUACCUUGACGUUGUCAAAACCGCCCCAAGACUUUCUUCAUUUUCAUGCACCGAUUAUGCUGUCAACCUGAUAUCCACGUUGUCUUCCUUUCCAUGCGUCGUAUCCUCGUCGAUUGAAGAACUCUCGACCUCUUCGCCAAGUUGUAUGCUCGGCAUGAAACUACCAUCACUGAAGAAGGUCACGCAACUUGUCAUCGAGUUCUACGAGUGGGUGGAUGAUUACGACCCCAUCAUGCAAUAUCUUGUGACACAAAUGAGCGAGGUAGAUGGGUCGCUUAAGCACUUUGUGGUCCCAUCUCUACAAGACUUUGGCGUCUACGUGCACAGCGUUGAUUACACUAACAUCUCUUUCAUCAAUCCUGCAUUAGUGGAUAUGGUAGCUUCGCGACUGCGUCAACCGUCAGAGGCGCCAUGUCUCACGAAGCUAGGUCUAUGGGUGAUGGGGCAAGGAUGGAGCUGUGAUCUUGAUGAGACGGCUGAGAAUGCCUUGAAGAGUCUGCAGAAUGAGGGACUUGAGCUUAACUACCGACUGGACGAUGUGGAGAUAUAUCAAUGAUAUGGCGGAGUCGUAUUAUCUGUGUGCAUGUUGGUUCGUUGUUGUUUCGACCGAGGUCUGUAUUUCUUGGCGAGAGCCCAGGUUUCUUCGAAGACACUUUUUUCAUCUAGGCGUAAAACUUAAUUCAAGUUGGCCGACUUAAAGU